UGCUUCCCUCCCUGCCUGGAAUGCUUUUCUCCCCUCACCUUGCCCCUCUUGGAGGCACUGACUUAAUCCGUCCAUGUUCACCUCAAGCCCUGACUUUUAUAGGAACCCACGCCUGGUCUCCUCAGCUGCUGGGGCCUUGCUGAACCCUCAGGACUGUUUCUGUGCCUGCUGUCUCCCCAUUAGACUGUGAGCUCCUUGAGGGCAGGGACUGCUUUUGCCCUCAUUUGUAUCCCCAGGGCUCAGCACAGAGCCUGACACAGGGCAGACACUCCAUCAGUGCUUAUGGGCUUGACAAUGAGUGUUCUUGUAUUACAUGAUUCAGAACCUGAGGCAUGUAGUAAAUGCUCCUUGUGAUUUUCCUUUGAACACUCUGCAACCUGAAUAUACUAAGAAUCAGUCCUUCUGAUUCCUGUCCCCCUUCACUCCCCUUCCCACAUCCAUGUGGGUUGUGGUCCCUGGACAGGCACAGAUUGAUUUGUUUCAGGAAUCAGUGACCUUCAAGGAUGUGGCUGUGGACUUCACCUGGGAGGAGUGGGGCUACCUGGACACUUCCCAGAAGGAGCUUUACUGGGAGGUGAUGCUGGAGAACUACAGGAACCUGGUCAGCCUGGGCCUUGCAGAUUCCAAUGUGAACAUGAUCUCUCAGCUGGAGUCUGGAGAAGCACAUGGGAUUUCAGUGGAUAGUGUCCUAAGAAGCUGCUGGCCAGAUGGGGACACCAGGCCUCAGACCAAGGAGUCAAUGCCAAAGUUAAAUAUGUCUAUAGAAGUCUUAUCCCAGCAAAAGUCCUUGUGUAAUGACCCAUGCAUCUCCAAAAUGGGGAAAACUUGGGAGUGUUGUGUCAACAGCAAUGAGGAGAAACUCUCUAGACAAGGAAAAGUAAUCCAAGCAGAAACUGCUGAUGAAGUCAGAGGCUGUGAAUACAGUAGAUGCAGCCAAACCGUGAGCCCAGAGCUAGUCCUUUUUCCAAAAUGUGGAAUGUCUGUAGUAAUGGAUCUCCAUGAGAGUGAUACCCAGAGAAGGAGCUUGGAGUCAGACCAAAGACGAAGUAAUCAAAUCCAUUCACAGAAGAAAUAUUCUGAGGUUAACAAAUGUCAGAAAGCUUUUGGUUAUGAUUUGGACCAAAUUCAGAAACAUGGAAUUCAUGCUGAAGAGCAGCUUCAAGAAAAUGGGAAUUCUUUCUUCCCAAAUAAUGAAGUUACUCUAUGGCAGAGAACUCAUGCAGGAAAAAUGUCUUCUGAAUUGAUUAAAUGUGGGAAAACAUCCUGUCAAAAGGCAGAUUGUACUCUACACACUAGUAUGGAAAGUCAAAACGAAUCUCACAAGUGCAGUGACUGUGGAAAAGUCUUCCAGCACAAGAAAAGUCUUACAAAACACUGCAGAUUUCAUACUGGAGAAAGACCCUAUGAAUGUAAUGACUGUGGGAAGGCAUUCUCUUUAAAGGUUGGUCUUACCAAGCACAGUAGUAUUCAUACUGGAGAGAAACCAUAUGAAUGCAAUGAAUGUGGAAAGACAUUCCGAUCAAGCCCUAACCUUACUCUGCACCAGAGAACUCACACUGGAGAGAAACCUUUUAAAUGCAGUGAUUGUGGGAAAGCCUUCCGCAGGAGUGGAGCACUGACUCAACAUCGAAGAACUCAUACUGGAGAGAGACCCUAUGAAUGUAAUCAAUGUGGGAAGACAUUCUUUUCAAGCAAUGACCAGACAAUUCAUACAGGAGUAAAACCACAUAAAUGCAGUUUAUGUGGGAAAGCAUUCCGUCGCAAGUCUAAUCUUAACAAGCACAGUCAUAUUCAUACUGGAGAGAAACCAUAUAAAUGCACUGAAUGUGGAUGGAGCUUUCGCCGGAAGUCACAUCUUAGACAGCACUUCAGCAUUCAUACUGGGGAGAAACCAUUUAAGUGCAGUGAUUGUGGAAAGACAUUCCAAUCAAACUCUGAGCUUACUCUGCACCAGAGAACUCAUACAGGGAGAAAACCUCAUCAGUGCAGUGUGUGUGGAAAAGCAUUCUCUCAGAAGUGUGGUCUUACCAAUCACAGUCGUAUUCAUACUGGAGAGAAACCAUAUGACUGCAGUGUAUGUGGAAAAGCAUUCACUCAGAAGUCUAGUCUUACAAAACACAGUCAUAUUCAUACUGGAGAAAAACCUUUUAAAUGCAGUGAUUGUGGGAAAGCCUUUUUCUCGAGCACAGCACUGGCUCGACAUCAGAGAACUCACACUGGAGAGAAACCCUAUGAACGUAAUGAAUGUGGAAAGGCCUUCACCCAGAAUUCAAAUCUUUCAGUACAUAAGAGAAUACAUACCAGAGAGAAAUCUUAG